AUGUCAUCCGGCGGCGAGCGAAAGGUCUCGGGCUCCCUCAAUCGCAGCACCCGGGGCGCCACUCCACGCCUCGCCGAUCUGGGAGAGUCACCGCGGACACCGCUCCUGCGAUCCAUCUCGUCCACCUUCGGCUCGCCCGGUGGCUCCUUCCGCACCGAAGACGAGUAUGUCGUGAUAGAAGUCGGCUCGCGAUUCGUACGCGGCGGCUUUCCCGGCGAAAGUGCCCCGCGAUGCACCCUCCCGUUCGGGCCCGACGACCAGCGGAGAGUGGGCGACUACCGGCAAUGGGAUCCUGAGUAUUCACAGAAGAGAAGAAAGCGGAAGCGGGAACAGGACUGGGGCCAAGAACAUGAGCUCUACCGUAUGGAUCUGAGCAAGGUUGACAUGGGCCUGGUGGAAGACAAGUUUGAGCGGGCUAUGAGGGAGGCAUACGGCAAAUACUUUCUGCUGGACACGAAGCCACGGCGGGUGCUACUUGCGAUGCCACCGCGUAUGCCGCAUGCGCUCAUGUCAACCAUCCUCGAUGUGCUCUUCACAAGCUUCCAGGCCCCGAGCAUCACCCUCAUGUCAACCCCGGUGCUGUCGACAGUGGCCGCAGGACUACGCUCAGCACUGGUUGUGGAUAUAGGCUGGGCGGAAACACUUGUGACUGCGGUAUGCGAAUACCGCGAGGUCUCUGAAAGACGCAGUGUUCGGGCAGGCAAGCUGCUGAGCGAAGAGAUGGCCAAGCUGCUGAACGCAGAGCUUGACGACGCUGAGCCGAGCGCUACCAAGGCAGACGUGUCUUUCGAAGAAGCAGAGGAAGUUCUCACACGUGUCGGAUGGUGCAAGCCCGUCCCCCGAUCGAAUCGACGAACCGUAUAUUUCCCCGCGCGAGAAGCUCCUGUAUUAGAGGAGUUCGAAGACGCUAUCGAAUCACCGCCGCCCGCGGUCACCAUACCUUUUCCGAAGCACACGCCUCCUACCGAACUCACGCUACCAUUCGCAUCAUUAGCCAAGCCCACUGAGAACGCUCUCUUUGCGCCCGAGUUGGCCAUGCACGAGUUCGAUGACGAAGACCUUCCACUACACCACCUCAUAUACCGCGCACUCGUCCAACUCCCCAUAGACGUCCGACGACUAUGUAUGUCGCGCAUCGUAAUAACCGGUGGUGUGUCAAACCUACCCGGCCUCAAGACGCGCAUACAGAAAGAGCUGGACGCUCUGGUACAACUCAAGGGCUGGGACCCAGUGAAGAGCUACGGCAGAGCGAGCGCACGUCGCGAAGAGAAGAUGCGCAAUCAAAAGGAGGACGUGGAGACACGCCGGCAGGAAGGCGAAGAUACGUUUCCCUCGUCACUCGAUACCGAUGCGGAGCCUGCGCCGAUACCCGCGGCGCUUCAAUCGCCCACGGAAGACCCUAUAGACACCAAGUUUGCCCAGAUGGCUAUACGUCACGGCCCGCCACCUGCGAGCUUGAUCGGCGGUACCAUCAGAGUUGUGGACACCCUGGGCCCGUGGGCAGGUGCGAGUCUGAUAGCACAGCAGCGCAUCAAGGGCAUCGUGGAAGUUGAGCGUGAGAAGUACCUCAAAGAUGGUCUACAGGGUGCUACACGGGAGAAAGAGGUCUCUGUCAUCGCGCAGAGGCAGAGCAUGGGUCCUGGUCUAUCCAACAAGGGCGGAGAGAGAGCCAGUUGGACUCUCGGUGUGUGGGCAUGA